AUGAGUCAGAAAUGGCACAUCAUCGAGGUUAGGAACGUCACGCCACUCAGCGUCAUCUCCUCCUGGACUGUACUUCGAAACUACGUGAGCUCACUUCACUUUCAGCAGGAGUCAUUUGGAGCCACAAAUCUUUGUUCUCUGCCCCCUCUCUGGUACCUGCGCAGUGAUAUUUUGAAUCUGUCGCACUUGUUCCCAACAGGGCCGGGGAGCAGCAGCCGAUGCACUUGGGAAUCAGAACUGAGGCUCAUCCUCGUCGGUAAGACUGGAGGUGGGAAAAGUGCGACAGGAAACACCAUCCUUGGGCAGGACGAAUUUGAGUCUGUACUGGCAGCAGUGCCCGUAACUCAGACAUGUAGCAAAGGCAGCAGGACCUGGAAUGGAAGGAAGGUUGUGGUUAUCGACACGCCUGCUAUUUUUGACACCAAGGACUCUGAUGGACAAACUACCCGUGAGAUCUGUCGCUGUGUCGCGCUCUCCUCCCCAGACCCCCACGCUCUGGUGCUGGUGACCCAGCUGGGCCAUUUCACUGAGGAAGACCAGCUCGCCGUGAGGAGAGUACAAGAGAUUUUUGGCCCCGAGGCCAUGAAGUGCACAAUCGUCUUAUUCACCCACAAAGAAGACUUCAGGAGUGGAACCCUGGAGCAGUAUAUCUCCCACCCGGAUAACAAACAGCUUCAGGAGCUGAUCCAACAGUGUCAGGGCCGAUACUGCGCUUUCAACAAUAAAGCUACAUGGGUGGAACGGGAUGCCCAGGCUGACGAGCUGAUGACUAGGAUUGUUCAUGUGGUGGAGGAGGAGAAUAAAUAUCAGGUGUGUGAAGCACCUGAGAAGCUUCUAAAAAAAGAUGAGAUGGAUAAAAGUAAAGAUGACAUGGAUGAGGUGGAAGAUGGAAUGGAAAUGGGUAUGCAGGAAGGAUCUCAAGAGGAAGAGCACUCAUCGGGGGAACCAGGGCCGGGGAGCAGCAGCCGAUGCACUUGGGAAUCAGAACUGAGGCUCAUCCUCGUCGGUAAGACUGGAGGUGGGAAAAGUGCGACAGGAAACACCAUCCUUGGGCAGGAUGAAUUUGAGUCUGUACUGGCAGCAGUGCCCGUAACUCAGACAUGUAGCAAAGGCAGCAGGACCUGGAAUGGAAGGAAGGUUGUGGUUAUCGACACGCCUGCUAUUUUUGACACCAAGGACUCUGAUGGACAAACUACCCGUGAGAUCUGUCGCUGUGUCGCGCUCUCCUCCCCAGACCCCCACGCUCUGGUGCUGGUGACCCAGCUGGGCCAUUUCACUGAGGAAGACCAGCUCGCCGUGAGGAGAGUACAAGAGAUUUUUGGCCCCGAGGCCAUGAAGUGCACAAUCGUCUUAUUCACCCACAAAGAAGACUUCAGGAGUGGAACCCUGGAGCAGUAUAUCUCCCACCCGGAUAACAAACAGCUUCAGGAGCUGAUCCAACAGUGUCAGGGCCGAUACUGCGCUUUCAACAAUAAAGCUACAUGGGUGGAACGGGAUGCCCAGGCUGACGAGCUGAUGACUAGGAUUGUUCAUGUGGUGGAGGAGGAGAAUAAAUAUCAGGUGUGUGAAGCACCUGAGAAGCUUCUAAAAAAAGAUGAGAUGGAUAAAAGUAAAGAUGACAUGGAUGAGGUGGAAGAUGGAAUGGAAAUGGGUAUGCAGGAAGGAUCUCAAGAGGAAGAGCACUCAUCGGGGGAACCAGGUAAAUCCCAUUUGGCGGGUGCCGGGGGAACAACACUGCUGACAGAAGUAAACAAAAGUAGGUUUUAUUGUAUGUUAGGUACCUUAGGGCUUGUCUACACUAUCGCGUGGGGUCGAUCUAAGAUGCGUAACUCCAGCUACGUAAAUAGCAUAGCUGAAGUCGAUGUACUUAGAUCUCCUUAGUGUAGUGUCUUUACUGCAAUAAAUCAUCAGCUGAUGCUCUCUCGUCUACUAUGCUUAUGCUCCUCGUUCUGGUGAAGUACCGGAGUUGACAGGA